AUGGCAGAAGAAGAAACUGUUAAAAUUGAUGAAGUAAUCAACGAAAAAGAAAGAAAGAAAUUAGAAAAGAAAAAGAAAAGGGAAGAAGAAGAAAGGGCUAAGCUUGAAAUGAUGACUGAAGAGGAAAAAAUCGCUUACAAUAAGAAAAUGGAAAAAAUUAAACAACAAGAAGAACGUGCUGAAUCUAAACAACACCAGGAACAUAAAAAACAACAACACAAAGUUAUAAGUGAAGAAGGACCUAAAAAAGUUAAAAAAUCAAAACCACAACCACCACCCACAGCUUUCCAAUUACAUAAAGCUGAUACUGAAUUAGGAAACAAACCAUGGAAAGAAUUAUCUGUUGAACAAAAACAAAAAUUCUUAACAAUGGAAAAAGAAAAAAAAGCAGAGUAUGAUGAAGCAAUGAAAGAGUAUCAAGAAACUCAAGAAGUCUUGAACAGAGCAGCUGAAAAGAAAAAAGCAAAAAAGGUAGUAAAGUCAAAAAAAGGAAAAAAAGAUGAAGAAAGUAGUGAUGAAGAAAGUGAAGAAGAAGAAAAAAAACAACCAAUCAAUAAAGAAACGAAAAAAGCAGUUAAAAAAACUACUAAAAAGAAAAAUAAAAAGGGAAAGAAAAGAGAGGAAGAAGAUGAUAGUGAUGAUGAUAAAUAUGAGUUAGGUAAAUUAAAUGAAACAAUUCCUGAACCAAAAAAGAAAGGUAAAAUUGUUGAAAUUAGUGAUAUUCCUAAAAAGAAAGGAGGAAAGGGAUCAGUCGAUGAUGACUUCAUGGCUGCCUAUCUUGGAAUGCAGCAUAAUAGAAUUGGAGGAGAAGGUGUUAUUGAUCUUGAUGAAUUGAUUAGAAAAACUGAAGAAGACCAAAAAGCUGAUGAAGAAGCAGUAAUUACUAAAACAGAAAAAGUAGAAAAGAAAGAGAAAAAGAAAGAAAAGAAAGUUACAAAAAGAAAGAAAGUUGAGAUGAUGGAUUUCUCUUCUGUUGCAAAGAAGUAG